AUGGAACGGGAUCCGAAGCUGCCCCGCUUCCGGGCCUUAUUCAACCUCUGGCUGCUCAGGAAACAGCGGGCGAGGCCUGGGGGGGCAGCAGUGCCCACCCUGGGCCCCAGCCUGAGCCAGGACACAGAUGACGGCAUUGUCAAAGAGAUCUCCAUUACUCACCAUGUGAAGGAGGGCUCAGAAAAGGCUGACCCAUCCCAGUUUGAGCUCCUAAAGGUCCUGGGCCAGGGCUCCUUUGGCAAAGUCUUUCUGGUGAGGAAGAUCACCCGCCCAGACAAUGGACACCUCUAUGCCAUGAAGGUGCUAAAGAAAGCAACCUUGAAAGUUCGUGACCGAGUCAGGACCAAGAUGGAGAGAGACAUCCUAGCUGACGUCAACCACCCAUUCGUGGUGAAGCUUCACUAUGCCUUCCAGACCGAGGGGAAGCUCUAUCUCAUCCUGGACUUUCUCCGGGGAGGAGACCUCUUUACACGACUCUCCAAAGAGGUCAUGUUCACAGAAGAAGAUGUGAAGUUCUAUUUGGCUGAGCUGGCUCUGGGCCUAGAUCACCUCCAUAAACUGGGGAUCAUUUACCGAGACCUCAAGCCUGAGAACAUCCUUCUGGAUGAAGAAGGUCACAUCAAGCUGACGGAUUUUGGCCUGAGCAAGGAGGCCAUCGACCAUGAGAAGAAAGCCUAUUCCUUCUGUGGAACAGUGGAGUACAUGGCUCCUGAGGUCGUCAACCGCCAGGGCCACUCGCACAGCGCCGACUGGUGGUCCUAUGGGGUGCUGAUGUUUGAGAUGUUAACGGGCUCCCUGCCCUUCCAGGGGAAAGACCGGAAGGAGACCAUGACUCUGAUUCUCAAGGCAAAGCUGGGCAUGCCCCAGUUUCUGAGCACUGAAGCACAAAGCCUCCUUCGAGCCCUAUUCAAGAGGAAUCCUGCCAACAGGCUGGGCUCUGGCACUGAUGGGGCCGAAGAGAUUAAGAGGCACGUCUUCUACUCUACCAUAGACUGGAACAAACUAUUUCGGCGUGAGAUCAAACCCCCCUUCAAGCCUGCCGUCGCCCAACCUGAUGACACCUUCUACUUUGACACAGAGUUCACUUCCCGAACACCCAAAGACUCCCCGGGCAUUCCCCCCAGUGCUGGGGCCCACCAGCUCUUCCGAGGCUUCAGCUUCGUGGCCACUGGCUUGAUGGAAGAUGAUGGCAAGGUCCGGGCCCCACAGGCCCCACUGCACUCGGUGGUCCAGCAACUUCACGGAAAGAGUUUGGUUUUCAGUGAUGGCUACGUAGUGAAAGAGACCAUUGGAGUUGGCUCCUACUCUGUGUGUAGGCGCUGUAUCCACAAGGCCACCAACAUGGAGUAUGCAGUCAAGGUCAUCGACAAGAGCAAGAGGGACCCCACAGAGGAGAUAGAGAUCCUUCUUCGCUAUGGCCAACACCCCAAUAUCAUCACCUUGAAAGAUGUGUACGAUGAUGGCAAAUACGUGUACCUGGUGACCGAGCUGAUGCGGGGCGGGGAGCUCCUGGACAAGAUCCUUCGGCAAAAGUUCUUCUCAGAGCGCGAGGCAAGCUCCGUGCUACACACCAUCUGCCGGACCAUGGAGUACCUGCACUCCCAGGGGGUGGUGCACAGGGACCUGAAACCCAGCAACAUCCUGUACGUGGACGAGUCCGGGAACCCCGAGAGCAUCCGAAUCUGUGACUUUGGCUUUGCCAAGCAGCUUCGAGCAGAGAAUGGGCUCCUCAUGACGCCCUGCUAUACUGCUAACUUUGUGGCCCCAGAGGUCCUGAGGCGCCAGGGGUACGACGAAGGCUGCGACAUCUGGAGCCUGGGCAUCCUCCUCUACACCAUGCUGGCCGGAUAUACUCCCUUUGCAAAUGGCCCCAGUGAUACCCCAGAGGAGAUCCUGACCCGGAUUGGGGGAGGAAAAUUCACUCUCAGUGGUGGAAACUGGGAUACAAUUUCAGAAACAGCCAAGGAUCUGGUGUCGAAGAUGCUGCACGUGGACCCCCAUCGGCGGCUGACGGCCAAGCAGGUCCUCCAGCAUCCGUGGGUCACUCAGAAGGACAAGCUGCCCCAGAGCCAGCUGUCCCAUCAGGACGUGCAGCUGGUGAAGGGUGCCAUGGCUGCCACCUAUUCGGCACUGAGCAGUUCCAAGCCCACCCCACAGCUCAAGCCAAUCGAGUCCUCAAUCUUGGCCCAGCGACGAGUGAAGAAACUGCCGUCUACCACGCUGUGAAGGGUUCGGGGAGCAAACUGGAGGCCAAAGGGCCGUGCCAUCACCAGAGACUCUGCACGUUUCCCUGAGGAAAUGGGCACUUCACCUGCCUAGACGGGGAAUGGGGAGCUCCUGGAAAGCAGCCCACCCAGAUGGACUCCUUUGGAGGAUAGACAAGGGGGGUUUGCAAAGUGCCUUUCUGCUCCCGAAGCAUGGACCAUUCUUGGCAGGAACAUUCCUGACUCAAAUCAAUCACUGUACAAACUCUUCUUUUUUUAAAAGAAAAAAGGCAGGCAGGGCGGCGAUCAGUUGUUGUGUUUUCCAGGAUCUAGUUAUCUGGAAGGAGAGAUGGGAACUACAGACCAAAAGAGGGCUGCAAAGUAGGAUGGAAGGACCCCCUAUCUCUGAAGAAGGGUUCAGGCUCCAGCCGUGGGUCUUGAAUUUGUCCGACUAGAUUGGAAGUGGGAGCGGGGGGGGGGUGUCUAUCUUUGGUGCUUUCGAGAUCGGAGGGUCCCCGCUCCCUGGACGCCCUCUCUGCACCACAGGCAAAGGGUUUCCAGCUGCCAUCUUCACUUCCAUGCCCUUUGCCUUGCAAUAAAUGGAUUCUUUCUCCCGGAUCCUCUUGGGCCUCGCUUCGAGAAAGAUCACUGAGCUGCUCGCCGUGGCCAGUGGAGCCAGAAGCACCCCAACUUAUAGCUGGCUUUAUCCCAGCCGAACAAUUAAAAUGCCAGGCUUACGCCCUCCAACCUUUCCCCUGGCCCCCCCCCCCAACCUGGCAGACCAGCAGUAUGGGGAUCAGGAAAGCACUUUCUGAAUGACUUGAGAUUCACCACUGGACAGAACUCCUUGGAGCCAAACAAUUUUUUGAGAGUAUGUUAGGCUUAGGGAAGGAUAGAGAGAGACUGAGAGAGAGAGAGAGAGAGUUUGGGAUUCAUCUUUGUCUUUGUUUUUUAAAUUUAUUCCUUGGCUGGUUACUCAGGGUUCGUCUGUCUGUAAACUUUCUAAUAAACUUGUUGCUAAGUUGAGAGAA